AUGGAGUUGGCGAUGACCCGGGCGAUAGGGGAGGCUUAUACUACCAAUGCUACGCGUUUUCGCGAGGAGGGACGGCACCAUAUGGAGGUGAAUGACGAGCUUCAACUGAAGGCUGACGACCAGGAAAAGCAGAACGUGGAGCUUCGUCAGCAGCUUGAGAAGAGGGACACGGAUCUGAAGGAUGCAUUGGCGCUGUUGAAGCAUCUGGCGGAGAAAAUUGCCGAUGAUCAGCUCGCCAAAGUGAAUUGGCGGGUCCACAUCAAGGAGUCGUGCGACGACUUCCUUUUCAAGCCGGAUACGCUCAACCUGUCACCCGAUCCUGAUGCGAUGCUCGCAGCUUUAAUCAGUAAUUGCGGCCCCGUCGCCCUCACCUGCGGCCCCGCCGCUCUCACCUGCGGCCCCCCCCCCGCCCUCAAUUGCGGCCCUGUCGCCCUCACCUGCGGCCCCGCCGCCCUCACCUGCGGCCCCGCCGCCCUCACUUGCGGCCCCGUCGCCCUCACCUGCGGCCCCGCCGCCCUCACCUGUGGCCCCGCCGCCCUCACUUGCGGCCCCGUCGCCCUCACCUGCGGCCCCGCCGCCCUCACCUGCGGCCCCGCCGCCCUCCACUGA